GUUCCAUUACAGUCCGACCCCCGCCGCCAUUUUCCGUAUUUUCUCCACCACUUUUGAAUGCACAAACUGUAAUAUUUCAACUUCUGCGGGGAUUUGACAUACCUGGCCUCUCCAUUUUUAGUGGGGGGCGAAAGGUUUCCUCCGAAUUUGUCCAAGGAGACGUCAGAAUUAGACGACCAUGUACAUUAAACAGGUCAUUAUCCAGGGUUUCCGAAGUUACAGGGACCAGACUGUGGUAGAUCCAUUCAGCUCCAAGCACAAUGUCAUCGUUGGGCGAAAUGGAUCAGGAAAAAGUAACUUUUUCUAUGCCAUUCAGUUUGUGCUCAGUGAUGAGUUCAGCCAUCUUCGACCUGAACAGCGCUUGGCCUUGCUCCAUGAGGGAACUGGGCCUCGUGUUAUUUCUGCAUUUGUGGAAAUUAUAUUUGACAACUCUGACAACCGUCUACCGAUUGACAAAGAGGAAGUCUCCCUUCGUCGUGUCAUCGGCGCAAAGAAGGACCAGUAUUUUUUGGACAAGAAGAUGGUGACUAAGAAUGACGUGAUGAACCUUCUGGAAAGUGCUGGCUUCUCCCGCUGCAACCCCUACUACAUUGUCAAGCAGGGCAAGAUCAACCAAAUGGCCACCGCUCCUGACUCCCAGCGUCUGAAACUAUUGAGAGAGGUAGCAGGAACACGAGUGUAUGAUGAACGCAAAGAGGAGAGUAUUUCACUCAUGAAAGAAACAGAGGGAAAGAGGGAAAAAAUCAAUGAACUGUUAAAGUACAUUGAGGAGCGUCUGCACACUCUGGAAGAUGAGAAAGAGGAACUUGCUCAAUACCAAAAGUGGGACAAGAUGAGAAGGGCCCUUGAGUACACCAUCUACAACCAAGAGCUCAAUGAAACCCGUGCUAAACUGGACGAGCUGUCCUCCAAGAGAGAGACGUGUGGGGAUAAAUCCAGACAGUUACGUGAUGCUCAGCAAGAUGCCAGAGACAAAGUAGAGGAGACAGAGCGUGUUGUACGAGAAUUAAAAUCCAAGAUCUCGGCCAUGAAGGAAGAGAGGGAGCAAUUGUCGGCUGAGCGCCAGGAGCAGAUUAAACAGAGGACCAAACUAGAGCUGAAGGCCAAGGACCUGCAGGAUGAGCUGGCAGGCAACAGCGAACAGAGGAAACGCCUUUUGAAAGAGCGUCAGAAGUUGCUGGAGAAAAUCGAGGAGAAACAAAAAGAACUACAGGAGACGGAGCCAAAAUUCAAUAUGGUGAAAGAAAAAGAAGAGCGGGGUAUCUCCAGACUGGCCCAGGCUACUCAAGAGAGGACAGACUUGUAUGCCAAGCAGGGACGUGGCAGUCAGUUCACCUCCAAAGAGGAAAGGGAUAAAUGGAUAAAGAAAGAGCUGAAGUCGCUAGACCAGGCCAUUAAUGAUAAAAAAAGGCAGAUUGCAGCCAUCAACAAAGAUCUGGAGGACACAGAGACCAACAAAGAGAAAAACUUGGAACAGUAUAGUAAACUUGAUCAAGAUCUAAACGAGGUCAAGACCCGAGUUGAGGAGCUGGACAAAAAGUACUAUGAAGUGAAGAACCGGAAAGACGAGCUGCAGAGUGAAAGAAACUACCUGUGGCGUGAGGAGAAUGCAGAGCAGCAAGCCCUGGCAGCCAAACGUGAGGACCUGGAGAAGAAACAGCAGCUCCUUCGAGCAGCCACCGGCAAGGCUAUCCUGAAUGGCAGCGACAGCAUCAACAAAGUCCUUGAACAUUUUCGCCGCAAGGGCAUCAACCAGCACGUGAUCAAUGGUUACCACGGCAUUGUCAUGAAUAACUUCGAGUGUGAGCCUGCCUUUUACACUUGUGUGGAGGUGACUGCUGGUACCAGACUCUUCUACCACAUCGUGGAGACGGAUGAAGUCAGCACCAAAAUAUUGAUGGAGUUCAACAAGAUGAAUUUGCCUGGAGAAGUCACAUUCCUGCCGCUAAGCAAGCUGGAUGUCAGGGACACUGCCUACCCGGAGACCAAUGAUGCCAUUCCGAUGAUCAGCAAGCUGCGAUACAGCACCAACUUUGACAAGGCCUUUAAGCAUGUGUUUGGGAAGACCCUGAUAUGCCGCAGCAUGGAAGUUUCAACACAACUGGCCAGAGCAUUCACCAUGGACUGUAUCACGCUAGAAGGUGACCAGGUGAGUCACCGUGGAGCCUUAACAGGCGGCUAUUACGAUACCAGAAAGUCUCGCCUGGAGUUGCAAAAAGACAUGAGGAAGGCUGAGGAAGAGCUGGGUGAGCUGGAGGCCAAGCUCAAUGAAAAUCUGCGCAGGAACAUUGAACGUAUCAACAAUGAGAUCGACCAACUGAUGAACCAGAUGCAGCAGAUUGAGACCCAACAGAGGAAGUUCAAGGCUUCCCGGGAUAGUAUUCUUUCUGAGAUGAAGAUGCUGAAAGAGAAGAGGCAACAAUCUGAGAAGACGUUCAUGCCAAAGCAACGGAGUCUUCAAAGUCUAGAGGCCAGCCUUCACGCCAUGGAGUCCACUAGAGAGUCACUAAAGGCUGAGCUAGGGACAGAUCUGCUUGCUCAGCUCAGCUUGGAGGACCAGAGGCGAGUGGAUGACCUUAAUGAUGAGAUCCGACAGCUUCAGCAGGACAACAGACAGUUGCUGAAUGAGAGAAUUAAGUUGGAGGGAAUCAUGACCAGAGUGGAGACGUAUCUUAAUGAAAAUUUGCGGAAGCGUCUCGAUCAAGUGGAGCAGGAACUAAAUGAGUUGCGAGAGACUGAAGGAGGCACAGUGCUCACGGCCACAACAUCUGAGCUGGAUGGCAUCAACAAAAGAGUCAAGGAUACACUAGCCCGAUCAGAAGAUUUGGACACUUUGAUUGACAAGACAGAGGUGGAGAUCAAGGACCACAUUAAGAGCAUGGACCGCUGGAAGAACGUAGAGAAGGAGCAAAACGAUGCAAUCAACCAUGACACCAAGGAACUGGAGAAGAUGACCAAUCGGCAGGGCAUGCUGCUUAAGAAGAAGGAAGAGUGCAUGAAGAAAAUUCGAGAGUUGGGCUCGCUGCCUCAGGAGGCGUUUGAGAAGUACCAGACCCUCACACUCAAACAGUUGUUUCGGAAACUGGAGCAGUGCAACACAGAGCUGAAGAAAUACAGUCAUGUCAACAAAAAGGCCCUGGAUCAGUUUGUUAACUUCUCGGAGCAGAAAGAGAAACUGAUCAAGCGUCAAGAUGAGCUGGACCGAGGCUACAAAUCCAUCAUGGAGCUAAUGAAAGUCUUGGAGUUGCGGAAGUAUGAGGCAAUACAGCUCACCUUCAAACAGGUGUCGAAGAACUUCAGCGAAGUAUUCCAGAAGCUGGUGCCUGGAGGCAAAGCUACACUGGUGAUGAAGAAGGGAGACGCUGAAGGCAGCCAGUCCCAGGAUGAAGGUGAGGGCGGUGCAGACAGCGAAAAGGGCUCCGGGUCGCAGAGCAGCGUUCCGUCAGUAGACCAGUUCACUGGGGUCGGAAUCAGGGUGUCGUUCACAGGGAAGCAGGGUGAGAUGAGAGAAAUGCAGCAGUUGUCUGGAGGUCAAAAGUCUCUGGUGGCUCUGGCUCUCAUCUUUGCCAUCCAAAAGUGUGACCCUGCCCCUUUCUACCUGUUUGAUGAGAUCGACCAGGCCCUCGACGCCCAGCACAGGAAGGCUGUCUCAGACAUGAUUGUUGAGCUGGCUGGUCACGCUCAGUUCAUUACCACAACCUUCAGGCCUGAGCUAUUGGAGUCUGCUGACAAAUUCUAUGGAGUAAAAUUCAGAAACAAGGUGAGUCACAUCGAUGUGAUCACAGCAGAGCAGGCUAAAGACUUUGUCGAGGAUGACACCACCCAUGGUUAAGCCCCCUGCUGUGUUUUCUUCUGCAUACUUAAGGCGCAUCGCAAUGUUUGGCCUUUUCAUCAUCGACAACAAUGACCGCUACUCAUGGGCGCCAACGACAACUACUUUGGGACAAAUAAUGAUCCAGACACUUGUAUUUUUGAGCCUGAAUAUACGGCGCAUUGGCUACAAGUUUUAGAAGCUCAGCAUGUCCAGCUGUAGUGAAACACUGCCAGAGACAGAAAUAUACCCAACAAAGAAACCAAGGGAGCUGACUAGGAGCUCUCGGCCAAUGCCCAGUCUGCAUGGCUGGGCAAGCAUCAGUCCAAGGAGGCUGAGGUGUAAGACAUGCUCAUUCACCCAGGGCUCCGUGAAGCUCCUCCAUCUCGAUUAGCUCCACAGCCCCGCAUCAUACUCCGCAUCUCCUCCCGCCUUUCAACGCUGACUCCUUUGUGGCAGAGAGCCAGCAGCUUGUCUCCAGUACAAACAUGGCCAAAAGGCUCCCCGGAGGUGCAUCCGAAAAUUCCCUGAAAAGCAUCGCAGAAGUCAUGAAAGUACCAGCUCUUGUUGCGUAGUACCAAAGCGACUCCGAUCAAAAAGAAAAAAAGCUGAUAAACGAGGGAAACAUCAAGACCACUAAAGGAAGAAACACGAGCACAGAGCUCCUGCAACCAGCAGUCACUACAACGGCGCCAUCUUGGAGGGAAAAAAAGCAGAAUCAUGGGAUGUUUAUAUCUUUCAACACAAAACUUUCAUUCCCGGUUUAGAUGAUGAAUUCAUCACAAACUUCACUCCUAGGUUAAAAAAUGCUGGGAGCAAACAAACAUCUUGCUCCAUCUUCCUAGCGAUGUCUACGACUUUAAGUUGGCUUUCAAAGAUAUCGGCCUAUGAUAUGGCCACAACCUUCUACUAUACAGAUACAAAGCAUGAUUUACUGUAUAAUCUAGCACAAACUUUUAUUAACGCAGUAUGUCAAUAACUGCAGUAGAUAAGUGAUCAAGGCGCACUGUUACUGAACAUGUUUCCUCUGUGUUAACUCUUAAAAUAAGAAUGCCGCUAAUACUUGGUCAAUAAGCAGGUCACGGCAUGUAACUAGAGUAUUGGUAGCAGUUUUUUUUAGAGAGAUAAAUUAAUCAAAUGAUCUACAUUGUUAGCCAUGUUGAACUAGCCGUUUUUUACAAUUUGAAUGGACAAACAAAAUAAAUUGUUUAUGUCUUACAUAAGGGUUUGUGAAUGAUUGGCAAGAUUCUCUUUUAGGUGGGUGCACAUAUUUUCGAAGAGAGACUUGCUGUCCUUGACUUUGCUGGUAAUGCUGACAUAUUCAUGAGUGUUUGAUUGAUGGAUUGAGAAGUUUAUUGAUAUCUUAAAGAAUUGAAUCCAUGUAAUGCUUUAUAAAAGGCAACUGUGUGGCACAAAAAGCCAAAAGGCUUGUUUCCAUUGUAGCCCAUUAAAUAUUCUUCACAUUUGAUACAUUCAAUAAUAAAAGAUAUGUAACCUGUAACAUGUAUACAAAAAAUUCCGUUAAAAAUUGAUAAAUUAUGUACAAAUACACAG